GCGGCUCCACUUUUGCAGAAGCUCCAUCGAUUUGCGAGUGCAAGCAGUCGAAGCAAAUCAGAAACCACCACCACGGCGACAAGCUCGAGCAACAGCCGGCACUUUUCCUCAACCCCACCAGAUCCCCAAUCCACCUAGCCGACAUCAGCGUUUGCUGAACCACCAGACUCCAAAAUGGCGGCAAGAGGUCUCGGGUUCCUCUACUCGGCCGCGGUUCCGGCGGCGAUUGGCUACGGCUUGUUCAAUGCGUCCAUCUACGAUGUCAAGGGUGGCUCGCGGGCGGUCAUCUUCGACCGGUUAUCGGGUGUCAAGGAGACGGUGACCGCCGAGGGCACGCACUUCCUCAUUCCCUGGCUGCAGAAGGCCAUCAUCUUCGACGUCCGCACCAAGCCCCGCAUCAUCCCGACAACGACGGGCAGCAAAGAUCUCCAGAUGGUUAGCCUGACGCUCCGAGUGCUGCACCGGCCCGAUGUGAAGGCACUGCCUAAGAUCUACCAGUCCCUCGGUCAAGAUUACGACGAGCGUGUCCUCCCCUCGAUCGGCAACGAAGUGCUCAAGUCCAUCGUCGCGCAAUUCGACGCGGCCGAGCUGAUCACACAGCGUGAGGCUGUCUCGGACCGGAUCCGGCAGGACCUGAUGAAGCGGGCGCGCGAGUUCAACAUUGCGCUGGAGGACGUAUCCAUCACCCACAUGACGUUCGGCAAGGAGUUCACCAAGGCCGUCGAGCAGAAGCAGAUCGCCCAGCAGGACGCCGAGCGGGCGCGGUUCAUCGUCGAGAAGGCCGAGCAGGAGCGCCAGGCCAACGUCAUCCGCGCCGAGGGUGAAGCCGAGAGCGCCGACGCCGUCGGCAAGGCUAUUGCCAAGUCGGGCGACGGUCUGAUCCAGAUCCGUAAGAUCGAGGCGAGCCGAGAGAUUGCGCAGACAUUGGCCAGCAACCCGAACGUGGCAUAUCUCCCGGGCGGUAACAAGGGGACGAAUCUGUUGAUGAAUGUGGGCAGGCCAUAGACGGGAGGGGGAGGCCUGGUGGAUAUGAAACGAUAAUCGGAUAAGGAGGACUGUGUAUUACUACGCCAUGACUGCUGUUUAUUCCCCGCUUCGGAUUGUCACGAGAAUGAGCACCGGUUUCCAUUGCAGCCAAUAUUGAGGACUGCUAGGGUCUGCCUGCCCCUCCAGUCACUAACAUAUACGAGAGGCCUACCGCUUGAGGCAUACUGAUGAGAGACCGACCGAGUAACACGGCCAUUUGCUACCUACCUUGACGAGUAGUCCCUUGGCCAUUGCGCUAAGCUGUCCAGGUGCUCCUCUUAAUUCUCUCGAGAU